UCCAGUAGGCUAUCUUUCCGGUUUUGUUCUCUUCGUGUGGGAAAAGCAGCACCAACACCAAGUUAACUCGUUAGCUCGAAUUAUUCGAUCGAAAAAUCGUGUAUGUCUGCCUCUUGGAAAGUUCCUCGUUCAGAAGUAUCCGAAAUGAAUUUUCGCUUUCUCGGGUCAAAGGGCAAUCUGUAUUUAGUGAUGUAUUAAAAUUAGUCUAGCAAGCACUCCCUAAGAAGAACUGCCUUGUUUUCGCCCAGUGCACGGAGAAGAAAUGUCGGGUUGAGGAAUCGUUAAACAAAAAAAAACAACACGUUUUUUGUUCUUUAAAUAAAUGAUUAAUACAUGCAACAAUAAUGGCAAACAAGGCUCAGGUUUUAUACGACUUCACUGCUGAACCUGGAAAUAAUGAGCUAACAGUGAAAGAGGGUGAGACGAUCACCAUCACCAACCAGAACAUAGGUGGAGGCUGGAUAGAAGCUCAGAACUCCAGGGGAGACGUAGGACUGGUUCCUGAAGACUAUAUUGAGCUCAACGCCUCCCCUGCAGUUGGGAAUGCCGCUGUGCCAGACCUGUCCUUCUUUGAUGCCUUUGCCCCACCAACGGCCAGCGCCGCAGCCAGCAACCAGGUGGAUAUAACUGGCUGUUCCUUUCAGCCGGAUACUCCCGAAACCCCAGCCCCCUCCUUCACAUCCCCUGAUGAGGCGAGCAACGGAAACGACCCCUGGUCUGCGUGGAACUCUGACCCUGCGGGAAACUCCGCCAACAACUGGGCGGCCAAGCCGGAGGGCACAGAAACCGGAAAGGCCGGAACACCAGGAAACUGGAACUCCUCAGCACAAGGUCACCCUCAGGCCUACCAGGGUCCAGGUGCAGCAGACGACGAUGAGUGGGAUGAUGAGUGGGAUGAUCCAAAGUCACCGGGGGGGUACGCCGAGUCCGAGGCUGGGGAGGGCGGGGCCAGCGGUCGGGGAGGGGCCCAUGGAUCUACAAUGAAAAUCUCUCUAAACAAGUUCCCUGGCUUCUCCAAAUCUGGUCCAGAGUUAUAUCUUCUUUCAAAACAGCCAGCAAAGGGAAAAGACAAGAUUCCAAUCUAUAUGGGAGAGGUUGGCCCGGUGUGGCUGUAUCCUGAGUCCCAAUUGGAUUGCAUCGUAGCAGAUCCCAAGAAGGGUACCAAAAUGUACGGCCUAAAGAGUUACAUUGAAUAUCAAAUCACGCCCAAUACCACAAACAGACCUGUCAAUCACAGAUACAAACACUUUGAUUGGCUCUAUGAAAGGCUUCUGGACAAAUUUGGAUCGGCUAUUCCCAUCCCCUCUUUACCAGACAAACAGGUCACAGGACGCUUUGAGGAGGAGUUCAUAAAAAUGCGGAUGGAGCGUCUCCAGGGCUGGAUGACCCGGAUGUGCCGGCACCCCAUCGUCUCCAACAGCGAAGUCUUCCAGCUCUUCCUCACCUACAAGGACGAGAAGGACUGGAAGAUGGGGAAGAGAAAAGCAGAGACGGAUGAGACAGUGCGAGUGAUGAUCUUCACCACAAUAGAGCCAGAGGCUCCUGAUUUGGACCUUGUUGAAGUGGAGCAGAAGUGUGAGAUGUUCAGCCGAUUCACCAAGUCCAUGGAUGAUGGAGUGAAAGACCUACUGAAUGUGGGACAGGAGCACUGGAAGAGAUGCACUGGUGCAUUGCCAAAGGAGUACCAGAGAAUUGGAAAAGCAUUUCAGAAUCUUUCUUCAGUAUUCAACAGCAGUGGAUACCAAGGAGAGGCCACGCUCACUGAUGCACUCACUGCGGCAGGAAAGACAUACGAGGAAAUCGCCCAGAUGGUUGCAGAGCAGCCAAGAAAAGACCUGCACUUCCUGAUGGAGACCAACAACGAGUACAAAGGCCUGCUGGGCUGUUUCCCGGACACAAUCGGAGUCCAUAAGGCAGGCAUUGAGAAGGUGAAGGAAGCAGACAAGCUGGUGGCCACAAGCAAAAUCAGCCCUCAGGACAAGGUGACCAUGGCCAAGCGGGUUAGCACCAUGUCCUACGCACUGCAAGCGGAGAUGAACCACUUCCACAGCAACCGUAUCUAUGACUACAACAGGGUCAUGCAGCUGUACCUGGAGGAGCAGGUGAAGUUUUAUGAAACGAUUGCAGAGAAGUUGAAGCAGGCCCACAGCCAGUUUGUCACAAUGUAGAGAUGCAGUCCCUACAGAAGCAGAUUUCCCAACCCAAAGCAUUUCCUCUCUCCUCUUCCUCUUCCUUCAGACGACAUAUGCAUGUGAUGACUUUAGCAUUGCACUGCAUCUAUCAAUGUUGCUGUCAAACCCCGCGACACACAAACGUAUUUCCGCAAACCUGACAAUAAUGCUAACGACGCCGCUCGCGAGUUCCCGGCGGGGGCCUCCGACAGUGGAGGUGAACGCACGACUGCCCAGAAGCGAGGACGGUCACCUCGCAGCGAAGACGGCAUUAGGACGCGUCCCAGAAUCAGCGCGUCGAACACUUCACGUCAUAGCCGCGUUGGCCUUUCUUUACACCUCUCCUCCGAAGCUACAGUUGGGGCAGCCAUGAGGCAACAUGUAUGAUUUUUUUUUUUCUUUUCCUUUUUAUCUGAGGCUUGAAUCUUGAAGAAUGGUUUUUUUUCUAUCACUGUUUGCAUGCUCGGCCUGACGGUGUCACACCUCUUGGUUGUGGGGGGGUAAGUGAGGGAGAGAGAAAGCUUUGUGCCUUGCGGGUCAUAAAUACUGCAGCCCCACCUCUGCUCACUUUCAUAUUAGCAGGAAGUGACCUUUCCUCAGUGGCGCUGUGCCUUGCACACUGAGGAAGAGCAGCUGGCUUCCUCUGGCUUGCACAGUUUUAAUCAGUGUCUCGUACCGUACUUCUGAGAGAGAGCCUCGGGAGGUUUAUUCUGUCUGGAGACACAAGACUUUGGGGCUGGACCUUCUUUCCACUAGUGCUGAAUGUAAGAUGAGUCAUUGUGAUCUGUUUCCCAGGCUAUUUCCAAACAUGAUAUUUAUGAAGAUAGUUCCUCCUGCUCAUUAUGCUUUGUCACUAUAAUACAAAUUACAGCGUCAUGGAAGCACUCUCUGAUCUUUGAUUUUUUUAGAACUUUGAUUCUUUUCCUAACACCUGAAGAAAAAAUAUAAAUAUAAAUAUAUAUAUAUAUAUAUAAAUAUCUAUUCUUUGAGAUGCAUGUGCUUUGGUUGUUGACACUUCUUGUACAGUAUACAAAUGUUUGCAAGUUUGUCACAUAUUUGACAGGUUUCUGUUCAAUAAAUAAAUCCUGAUUUGUACUGCCUCUCUAA